AAAAACAUAAGACCAUUUCAAAAACGAUUUGCCGAGCACCGAGCCCCACCAGCGUUUGACGGUAAUAUAUCACCUUUACCAGUUCCUGCUGUGGCGUACGAUACUCGUAUGGAUCCUAUCACUCGUUCAAAAAGUUCAAAAAGAUUAUCGGGCGUUAUUAAGCCUCCUAAAAUCCUAAAUCCUAAUCUUUAUAAAGCAUCCAAAGCUUUAGAGGCUGGACAUUACCAAGAAGCAAAGGAUUGCUUAACUCGAUUAAUUAAAUCUUAUCCAAAUAGUUAUUCACUUCGAUGUGAUAGAGGUUUUGCACUCAAAGAACUUGGAAAUUUAACUGAGGCAUUACAAGAUUUUGAUUUUGCCAUUAAAAAAAAUCCUGUAAAAUCACGUGCGCUAUUACUUCGAGGUGAAACGUUUUAUUAUAAAAAAGAUUAUGAAUCUGCAAAAAAUGAUUUAAUUAAAGGGUUUUCAUCGUUAAAAGCGGAUGAAAAUGUAUCGGAGAAACUUUUUCUUAAUGCUACUAGAAUUUAUGGUGAAAUUAUGGUAUUAGAAGAAAAUUAUCUUGAUGCUUUAGAUUUUUUUAAUAAGGCAUUGAAAUCUUCACCAUCUGAUUCGACGACUUUACAAGCUCGUGGUCUAGUAAAUAUUAAACUCCAAAGAUAUUUAGACGCACUUAAUGAUUUUAAUACAUUUUUAAACAUUGAACCAACCAAUCCGGGUGCAUUGAGUUCAAGGGGUUCCUUGUUCAAAAAACUCGGAAGGUAUGACGAGGCGCUAGAGGAUUAUACCAAAGCAAUAAAAGUAUCAAACCGAAAAGAUCUUCAACUUCUCUUAAAUAGAGGAAAAGUUUAUCUAGCCCAAACCCGAUAUGAAGAAGCAUUGAACGAUUUUAAUGAACUUUUAAAUUUAAGGUACCCAGAUAUUGCAAGAAUUUUUCGAAAUCGUGCAAAAGCUUAUCGAUGUUUGUCACGUUACCAAGAAGCACUCUCGGAUUACUCAGAGGCGAUUAAAUAUGAUGGAAAAGCCUCGACUUAUAGGAAAAGAGCCGAAAUAUAUCAUACCUUACUACAACCUGCUGAAGCAUUAUAUGAUUUGGAUCAAGCAUUGAUGAUCAAUCCACUUGACAAAAGUGCAGUAUCUUUACGUAAUCAGGUUUACGCGAUAUUGAAAAAGUUUGAUGACGCGUUAGAUGGCUUAAAUAAAAUAUUAAUCGAAAAUCCUCAUGAUAUUACAUCACGUGUAAACCGUGGUGAAGUGUUACGUAACAUGAAGCAAUAUUCAAAUGCAUUGAUUGAUCUAGAUUUUGUUGUAAAUAAUCAACCAAGAAACGUAACCGCUCUAUUGAAUCGUGCCAAAGUUCAUCGUAUGCUUUUAAAUUAUGAUACUGCACUAGAUGAUUUGAACAAGGCGAUUGCUAUCGAACCAAAUAACCCACGUUUACUCAGAAAUCGCGGAAAAGUUCUUCUUUUAUUGAAUAAUCAUAAAGCUGCAAAGGAAGAUUUUGACGCAUCAUUAAAGUCAUUAUGGAAUGGAAGACCUGAAGGACACGCAUCUACUCACAGGCAUCGAGGAAGUGCUCUGACAAUGCUUAAAGAAUAUGGGAAAGCUCUUACAGAUUUUGAAAAGUCACUUUUACUUAAACCACAUAAUAUUAACGUUUAUUGUGAUCGAGCAGAAACCUAUAUUGCGAUGGGACAAACAGAAGAAGCACUUCAGGAUCUAAAGCAAGCAUUAGAAAUUGAUGGUCACAAUGCGAAAGCGUUAGACCUCAGAGCUUCUUUAUAUGCAAGGUUAGGACAGUAUCAAUCCGCUUUACAGGAUUAUAAUUUAGCCGUUCAAUUCAAGCCGGAAAAUGAUAUUUCAAUUUUAAGUCAUCGAGCAAAAAUUUAUCAAAUUUCAACAAAAUGGCUAGAAGCUCUUGCAGAUUGGAAUCAAGUAUUAAAAAUUUCACCGAAAAAUGUUGAAGGUUUAGAAAAUCGAGCACACAUUCUUUUCAAACUUUUAAGAUAUGAAGAAGCAUUAAUUGAUUUAGGUAAUGCUUUAAACAUAAAUUCAACAAAUUUUUUUGCACUUUGCAUUCGAUCUGAAGUUUAUUAUGCGACGGGACGUUAUGAGGAAGCGUUAAAAGAUCUUAAUGAAGCGCAUUCGGCACCAAAUUGUGGAAACGUGUGUUUUGUACUUAUGAUGCGUGGAGAAGUGUAUCGAGCCUUAGGAAAAAAUAAAGAUGCAUUAUCAGAUUUGAAUAAUGCGAUAAAAUUCAAACAAACAAAUGAGUUAAACACAUGGUGUCGACUAAAGGCAUACGAAUAUCGUGCAAUGCUUUAUAGAUCUAUGGACCAAUAUCAACAUGCGCUUGAAGAUCUAAAUAAGGUAUUGGAAGCAGAUCCAACCAAUUUUUCGGCGUUAUGUGAAAGAAGUAUUAUUUUAAGAGAUGUUGUUUGUCGAUAUGAUGAGGCAUGGGAGGAUUUGGAAAUGGCUUUGAAUGUGAAAGAGGAAACAUUUGCAAAAGACUUUGCUGUUAAAGAGUUACUUAUUUACGAAGCAUAA